AUGGUUAACUUUGACAAGUCGGAAGCCUUCUUUAGUCGAAAUAUGCGGGAAGAAGUCAAACAAAUGAUCCAUAAUAGGAUGGGAGUAAAGACUGUUGUAUCUCAUUCGAGGUAUUUGGGUUUUUCAAUUGUGAUUGGAAGAUCCAAGAAGAAGGUGUUUUCGCUUAUGGUGGAGCGCAUUUGGAAGAAGGUCAAAGGUUGGAAGGAAGGUUUCCUCUCAAGAGCUGGGAAAGAAGUCCUCAUUAAAGCUGUGGCGCAGGUAUUUCCUUCUUACAUUGUGAGCUGUUAUAGAAUUCCAACUGAAGUGUGCAAUGAAAUAGAGAGGAUUCUAGCUAAGUUCUGGUGGGGAGCAAAGGACGGCGAACGGAAGAUCCACUGGUUGAGUUGGGAGAACUUGGCGAAAGCAAAGUGUUUUGGGGGGGUCCCUGUUGGGGAGAGUAGAUAUUUUUCAAACUACAAUAUUCUCGAGGCAAAAGUGGGUUAUGCUCCAAACUACGCUUGGAGAAGUGUGUUUGCUGCUAAGGAGUUGGUGAUGGAAGGGUCUAGAUGGAGAAUUGGCGAUGGAUCGAAGGUUUAUGUGUGGAAGGACAAUUGGAUUCCAAGUAACAGUGGGUUCAAAUGCCUAAGUGAUCCCAAAGAUGCUGACUUGGGGAUGAAAGUUUGUGACCUCAUUAUUCAUGAGUUGGGUUGCUGGAACAGAGAAUUAGUGGAAAACAUCUUCAGGCCGGGGGAGGCAAAAUAA